AUGGAUUUUCAGGUGUUUGUGAAGAACCAGAAGACCAGGGCCUACUCCAAGCGGUUCCAAGUGAAGUUCAAGAGAAGGAGACAGGGGAAGACCGAUUACAGGGCCAGGCUCAGGCUCACUAACCAAGAUAAGAACAAGUACAACACGCCCAAGUACCGGUUUGUUGUACGAUUUACCAACAAAGAUGUCACUGCGCAAAUUGUGUACGCUACCAUUGCUGGUGAUAUUGUGAUGGCUGCUGCCUAUUCCCAUGAGCUUCCUCGGUAUGGUCUUGAAGUUGGCCUCACCAAUUAUGCUGCAGCGUACUGCACUGGUCUGCUUUUGGCCCGCCGUGUGCUCAAGUGCCGUGAUUUGGAUCAGGAAUAUGAGGGCAAUGUUGAGGCCACCGGGGAGGACUUCUCUGUUGAGCCAGCUGAUGAGAGGAGGCCUUUCCGCGCGCUCUUGGAUGUCGGCCUUAUUAGGACCACUACUGGAAACCGUGUGUUUGGUGCCCUCAAGGGAGCUUUGGAUGGUGGUCUUGAUAUUCCGCACAGUGACAAGAGAUUUGCUGGCUUCAAGAAGGAUGAGAAGCAGCUGGACGCUGAGAUUCACCGCAAAUACAUCUAUGGAGGGCAUGUUGCUGACUACAUGAAGUCACUGGCUGAUGAGGAGCCUGAGAAGUACCAAUCUCACUUCAGUGAGUACAUCAAGAAGGGGAUUGAGAUUGAUGACAUGGAAGCACUGUACAAGAAGGUUCAUGCUGCUAUUCGUGCUGAUCCUACCGUGGCAAAAUCAACCAAGGAACCUCCAAAGACGCACAAGAGGUACAAUCCCAAGAAGCUGACCUACGAGCAGAGGAAGGCCAGUCUCGUGGAGCGGCUCAACGCCCUCAACUCAUCUGCUGGUGCUGAUGUCGAUGAGGACGACGACGAAUGA